AUGGGCGGCGUCCUCCUGGGAGGCGGGACGUGCGAGCGGGCCCGCGGCUGCCGGAAGCCGGGUCGUGUGGCCGCUCUCGGGAUGGUGAAGCACAAGAGGACAGCCCCAGCGCCAGGGCCAACAUGCAAGAAGCUAAAGCUACCUGCAGAGGAGCUGACCAUCCCCGAGGGAGCGUCCAUCAGUGGUCUGCAGGUGUCUGAUCCAGAACUAUCCCCUGAAGAACGGAGAAUCCAAGAAAGGAAACAGAAGAAGGAGCGGAAGAAGGAGGAGAGGAAGCGGCUGAGGCAGGCUGGCCUCGAGGCCCAGGCUCCCCCCACCCGGCGCUCAGGGGCCGACCUGGCCUUGGAGUAUCUCUGCGACUGGGCCCAGAAACGUGAGAGCUGGAGGUUCCAGAAGACGAGGCAGACAUGGCUCCUGAUGCACAUGUAUGACCGAGACAAGGUGCCUGACCAGCAUUUCCCCACCCUGCUAUCCUACCUGGAGGGGCUGCAGGGACACGCCCGCGAGCUGACCGUGCAGAAGGCUGAGGCCCUGAUGCAGGAGCUGGACACAGAGGGCGGCCAGGACCCCCCACAGCAGCUGCCAAUGAGCCGCCUUCGGCAGGUGCUCCAGCUGCUGUCUUAGAGACGGACCUGCGGGAGGCACUGCCUGGGGGUCCGGCUCUGCAAUAAAGAGGCCGAAUGGA